CCUGAUGUUGAAAUCACUGGGUGGAGUCACUCACCGACUGCACAGUACUGGCUACCUGGAGUGCAGUGAAGCUUCUGCACUCUUCACGGACGGUUUGCACUGUCUGGACUACAGGUAACAUGUUGAAGACUGUCAUCCCUCGUCUUGUCAACGUCACUGCUGCUUGUCACCUGCCAUGUCUACAUCCGACAUCACUGUCACUGUCUACUCUGCAGCCAGCGACAAGAAGAGAAAUGCCAGAAAAUACCACAGACAUCAAGACACCUUCCUUUCAAUACUUCUGGCAGCCAGGUUCUGGUUACUAUGGUGAAAGUCUCGGAAGAGUAAACAAAUCUGCGACUGACCUUUGUGACGAGUUUGUCUUAUCUCAUAUAGAUUUAUUGCCGGUGCCUUCACCAAAAGGAGUGUUCACCAUUGGUGACUAUGGGACCUGCGAUGGGUCAGUGUCUUUGCAUCUUGUAAACAAGAUCAUCGAACAUUUAAGAAAGAAACAUGGACCCGACCUGAAGAUUCAAGUAGUUUACCAAGACCAACCACAUAACGACUACAACAGUCUUUUCAAAACAGUUUACGACAAAGCAUCAUACAUGUCCAAGUUCACCAACGUGUUCCCUUUGGUUUGUGGCACUAAUUUCUACAAGCAGUGUGUUCCUGAUGACACGUGUGACAUUAUUGUUUCUACUUUCGCCACACACUACCUUAGCGAAGACAGUCACGUGAGAUGCUCCAAUACAAUGUUCCCCUGGCGGUCGACGUCACAAGAGGAGCUGCGCGCUCACCGCGAGGCUGCAGCACGUGACUGGCAGACGUUCCUCCUCCACAGAGCAGCAGAACUCAAACCAGGUGGACUUCUUUUCGAUGCUCAGUCUGCUAAACUACUGGGGAGCAACCCUCCACAGACUCGAACUUUGACCUACCCUCUCGCUGAAAACUUCAAUAGAGUGGGAGAAGAAAGCACCCAAGAUAUUUGGACUUCUUUUGAUUUGAGCUGGAAGGAAUUAUACGUAGAAGGAUUAAUUACAAAAGAGGAGUUCCAGUUGUGCACUCUUCGGCUGACACUCCGGACUUUACAGGAAGUAAAAGCUCCUUUCGAGAAUGCCGCCAUGUCUCCAGAGGAGUUCCAGUCGUGCACUCUUCGGCUGACAUUCCGGACUUUACAGGAAGUAAAGGCUCCUUUUGAGAAUGCAUCCAUGUCUCCAGUCCCACAGGCUGGUCUCAACUUGUUAGAGGACCCACAAGAGUUUCUCACUUAUUGUCCUUUCAAAGCACUGUGGCGACAAAAGCUUCAGACUGAUGGCGUUGACGACAGAAUGAUGUUUGCUCAAGUUCUCGCAAAGGCAUUUUAUCUUGUGUUGGAUGCGACUUUGAGGAACACUUUGAGAAACACACGACCUGCUGAGGAUCACUUGCCCAUAAUCCAACGCCUCCAGCAGACGUUCAUUCAAAAAGUUGCUGCAUUGAACCCAGAGACUUUCAGAAGUGAAAUUGUUGUGAGAAUCCUUGCUGCACAGAAGUCAAAAUGA